UAGCAAGGAUAUCAUUGAAUUAAUUUGCGCGUUAACCGAUAAUGAAGUCUAUCUCACGAUGAUUUGAAGAGUUUACUCUCUGUAUUGGUUGGGUGACGCUGCAAAAUCGUAGAGUUGUAAAAUGGAGCAGAUUGAUAGCCAUUGAAUCACAACAAGAACGGUGUGGACAACCUUGGACCUUUGUAACUUAUCUCUUCUUUUUACUUGUUCAAACAGAAAAAGCAAAGGACAGAAAGCGUGUCUGCUUAUAGACACAUAACAUGCUUCUUUCUCUUCUCUUUCACCUCCCUUCUUUCCUUCCAUUACUCCGCAAUUAAAGACUAGGGUUUUCAUUCGACCUUGACAAUUCAUUCAUAAUCUCCUUCUAAUUAUCUUUAAGAAGGUGUGUUGAAGGUUUUGGAUUUUGUUCCAUUUUUAGGAUAUUUGGUAUACUACGUUAAGCUGCUUGGGAUUAAAAGUUUGGAAAUCAGAUAUGGGACUUUGCUUGGAUAAGCAUAAACAUGAUGCAGACAAUGAUGAGCUGCAUGUUGAGUUUGCUGGUGGUAAUGUGCACCUCGUUACCACAAAAGAGAGUUGGGAUCAGAAGCUGUCAGAAGCAAGUAGGGAUGGCAAAAUUGUGCUCGCAAAUUUCAGUGCAACAUGGUGUGGUCCUUGUAAACAGAUUGCACCGUUCUACAACGAGCUUUCUGAAAAAUACCCUUCUCUACUGUUCUUAUUGGUCGAUGUUGAUGAACUAUCUGACCUCAGUACAUCAUGGGAGAUCAAAGCUACUCCUACUUUCUUCUUUCUUAGAGAUGGGAAGCAGCUGGAGAAGCUUGUAGGAGCCAACAAGCCAGAGUUGCAGAAGAAGAUAACUGCUAUUGCAGACUCAUUGCCCCCUAGUGACAAAUGACUGCCGUGAUGGUUCCCGGUGGUCUUUGAGAGCCUAUCGAACAACUUGAGUAUUUUAGUGCUUCAGUUGUGAGGUUCUACCUGUAUGUUUUGUGCUUGUCAUGUAGAUAUGACCAACUGCUUGAAGGGUUUUUAAUUUUGAGUGUUUGAAGUUGGAAUUAGGGUUAAAGUUUGAUGUAGUCGGAAUUUGGUUUUUGUUUUAGAAGGGUCUGUUGAUGGAAUAAAGCGCUGUGAAAUAAAAGCUGUUUUUCUUCGAAGAAAAAGAAAAAGAAAAA